AUGUCAAAAGGAAAAGUUUUAUUAGUAUUAUUCAAAGGAGGUCAACAUGCCAUCGAACAAAAAAAAUUGUUGGGUUGUGCUGAAAAUGAAUUAGGAAUCAGGAAAUUUGUGGAAGAGAAUGGUUACGAAUUGGUAACUACAACCGAUAAAGAUGGUCCUGAUUCAUUAGUAGAAAAGGAAAUCGAAGAAGCUGAGAUUGUUAUUACCACCCCGUUCUUCCCUGCUUAUAUCACUAGAGAAAGAAUUGAAAAGGCUAAGAAUUUGAAGUUAUGUAUCACUGCAGGUGUUGGUUCAGAUCAUAUUGACUUGAAUGCGGCUAAUGAAAAGAAAUUAACUGUUGCUGAAGUUACUGGUUCCAAUGUUGUAUCUGUUGCUGAACAUGCACUCAUGACCAUUUUGAACUUGGUUAGAAACUAUCCUUCAGCUCAUGAAAUAGCUUUGAAAGGAGAAUGGGAUAUUGCUGCUGCCGCAAGAGAUGAGUAUGAUAUUGAAGGUAAAGUAGUUGGUACUGUAGGAGCUGGUAGAAUUGGUUAUAGAAUCUUGGAAAGAUUAGUAGCCUUCAACCCUAAAAAGUUAUACUACUUUGAUUAUCAAGAAUUACCUCAAAGUGCUGUUGAUAAGAUCAACCAAGCAUCAAAAUUAUUCAAUGGAGUUGAUAAUUUAUUGGAAAGAGUCGAAUCUUUAGAGGAUAUGGUAAGUAAGUGUGAUGUGGUCACUAUUAAUUGUCCAUUACAUGAAAAGACUAAAGGGUUAUUCGACAAGAAAUUGAUCAGUCAUAUGAAAGAUGGAGCAUGGUUAGUCAACACUGCAAGAGGAGCUAUCUGUAAUGCAGAAGAUGUAAAUGAAGCUGUAAAAUCAGGUAAAUUAUUGGGUUAUGGUGGUGAUGUUUGGUAUCCACAACCUCCAGGACCAAACCAUCCUUGGUUAGACUUAACAAGACCAAAUGGUUUUUCAGGUAAUGCCAUGACUCAACAUAUCAGUGGAUGUUCUUUAGAUUCUGAAUUGAGAUAUUCUCUUGGAACUAAAAGUAUCUUAGAAAGUUACUUCACUAAAAAGUUUGAUUACAGACCACAAGAUUUAAUUGUUAUUGAUGGUGAUUAUGCAACCAAAGCUUAUGGUGAAAGAAAUAAGAAAUGA